AUGCAUAUCGCCAGUCUUCCCUAUUUAUCCCAGCUCUUUUCACUCGCAUUGCUUCUGCUUCCACUGACUUUUGCAUUACGAGCACAACGAGCUAAUCGAAAAUCGCUUGCACAUCUCAAGGAGGUGCUCAAUGAAGAUGCUGCCAGAUUGGUUAGUGCUCGGCAAAGCGAUGCAGUCGAUUUGUUCGUGGAUAUCAAACGAAACCCGAGUGCGAAAAGCAACAAGGACGAGCUGUCCGUGAAUAAUCCGGAAGACUAUUUUCAAGGCGACGUCGAUCUUUCAGAACAACAGGUUCUGCAAAUCGAGAAAUCAUUUACUGAAGGGCACCGAGAGAAGCGAAAGGUUCGACGCUGUUACUCUAAUCACUACUUACUGCUGCCUCAUAUCGGUCGUACUCCACUCUACACACUGUGGGAUCGUAGAAGUGCUAUAAGUUUUGAUUUCACUGAGACGGUUCCACGCCGAACUCGUGAGAAGAUCCGGUACGCGGUCGCCUCGCUAUUACUGUUCGAUUUGAAUAUAAAGGAGGCUAUGAACCUUUGGCAGUAUCAUACAUGUGUUCGGUUCGAUGAAGGUGGUCCAAGUGUGGAUCGCUUAGAGUUCUUCGAUGGAGGCGGAUGUUCCUCGUUCGUAGGGCGAGUGGGAGGAACUCAG